AUGUUGUCCAUGUCCUGUUCAGUUCUCGCCUUCUGCCUCCUCUUCUUGGACGGUGCUAUAGCUGCACCGACCUCGGCUGGCAAAUCAUACGCAAUCAAGGAAAGCCACAAUGUGCCUCGAGGGUGGAGUAAAUCUGGUUCUGUUCCGGAUUCUCAUUCGAUCAGCCUGCACAUUGGACUCAAACAAGGCAACCAAGAUGAGCUCGAACAGCACGUUCUGGCAGUCUCAGAUCCAUCGCAUCAGCGCUACGGCCAGCAUCUCUCUGCCGCGGAAGUUCAAAGUCUUAUCGCACCGCCUGAAGAGAGUGUUCAAAUGGUGAAUGACUGGCUUUUGAACCAUGGUGUCAAGGCCGCAGUGCUCAGCCCUCGCAAAGAUUGGAUUACCGUCAGUCUACCUGUACGACAGGUUGAAGCUCUUUUAAACACCACAUACGCCGUGUAUCGUCACACAGAUGGCUCUACAUUGAUUCGUGCGCCCGAGUGGUCGUUGCCGCUGUACCUGCACGACGCGAUUGACCUCAUCCAACCCACCACCUCGUUCUUCCGGACCUCAAGACAUGCAUCCAGCGCAAAGCCAGAGCGGGGACCUAUUGAAUGGAAUGAGUCGCUCGAAAAGAACUGGUGGAAGCCAAGACCCAGUAAUCUCUCGUCCACUUGUGAUGUCAACAAAUUGUGCAAUGUCACUGGCACAAAUUAUGCUGGAGACGCCAUCAUUGCCACUAGUCUCGAUUGUUUGCGUUGUCUUUACGGCACAUCAAACUACAUUGUCAAAGCACCGAAGCAAAACAUGAUCGGCGUUACAAACUACUUGAACGAGACUCAGAAACGUUCUGAUAUCAAAACCUAUCUCCAGAACUUCCGUCCGGAGGCUGCAGGGGUGGCUGACACCUUUCCAGACAUCAACAUCGCAGGAGCACAAGAUAAUCAAGGAACACUGACCGCAGAUCAGAUUGAAGAUGAAUUGAACCUGGAGGGCGACCUCGAUGGUGAACUAGUCCUCGGUAUCACCUGGCCAACAUCGUUUUUGUCUUGGUCGACUGGUGGAUCACCACCUUUCAUCCCUGAUCUCGCCACUCCGACAGACACAAACGAGCCUUAUCUCGAAUGGCUAACAUAUGUGCUUGCACAAGAUGUCUUACCACAGGUUAUCAGCACCUCGUACGGUGAUGACGAGCAAAGCGUGCCGUACUCGUAUGCAAAAAGAGUCUGCGAUGGCUUCAAGCAGCUAGGGGCCCGAGGCAUUUCUGUACUUUUCGCUAGCGGCGACGACGGUGUAGGUCCAGAUGGAACUUGCUUCUCCAACAGCAAGACCUCUCACCCCAUGUUUCUACCUGAAUUCCCUGCCUCUUGUCCUUGGGUCACCAGUGUGGGAGGAACAGCUGGCUUUGCGCCCGAAGUUGCAGUAUCCCGAUUCGGCAGUGGCGCUGGCUUUUCGAACUAUUUCCCUAUGCCGGCAUACCAAAAGAACACUGUAGAGGGCUACCUUGGCAAGAUAGGGAACCUUUACCAAGGUCUCUACAAUCGCUCUGGACGCGGAUAUCCAGAUGUCGCGGCUCAAGGCAAUCACGACAUCAUUGUCUGGGAAGGCAACAUCACAACAGUCGGAGGCACCAGUGCAUCGUCACCAACUUUCGCAGCCGUGAUAGCGUUGGUAAACGAUGCACUGAUCGUAGCCGGCAAGCCGCCUCUGGGAUUCCUGAACCCGUGGAUUUACGGUGGAGCUUUUGCUGCUCUUACUGAUAUCACGAGCGGAUCCUCGAUUGGCUGCAACACUAGUGGGUUUCCUGCUGAAGUUGGCUGGGAUGCCGUGACUGGGUUUGGAACACCAGUGAGUACAAUGACUUCUUCUUCCAAACUAUGA